AUGGCGUCUUCCGUGCGGCGAGGGAGCGUUGGGCUGGACGGCGCCGAGUCUCAGUACUGCGACCUCUCUGGGCGAGGGCUCACCUCGGGGCAGGUCGACCGCACCCUUCGCGUGUUUUCAACGGCGGACACCAUCGACUUGUCCAACAACGACAUCGACAAGGUCCCGUCGUCGAUCCCUGCUGAGGUCGUGACCCUGGACAUCUCCUUCAACGUGAUCGCCAGCCUCCACGGUAUCAAGCGCCUGAAGUUCGUGCAGGAGCUGCACCUCGCCUUCAACCGCCUGGACGACGUUAGUAUACUCGAGUUCUGCCCCCGACUGGUUCGCGUCAACUUGAGCGGCAACAGGUACGCGGUUGCUGUAGCCCUUGUUACAGCGACAGCAAUCAACUAA